AUGCACCGCAUCCAAUACUGGGCGCGGCAGAAAGCUCACGGUACGCCGCUCGUCGCCAGCACCAGGCGUACCAACACGGGCGUUGCGCGCACAACCUCGCGCGCACCGUCAAGUCAACCGACCCAUGGACCGGGUGGCGUUGUAUCAAAUCAGAUCCCCAGCGGCGAUGCCGCCGCCGCUGGCAGCGUAAUACCGCCGACCGAAAAUGAAAAGAACGACAACACUGCAGCCGCCAAUAGCGGCGCUACAAAACCAAACGUUGCCAUGCGCUUCGUCUUGACCGUGAAAGACAUCCUCUUUUCCAGCUAUGUCAAUGUCCUGCUCGUCUUUGUGCCCGUCGGCAUCGCCGCGCACUUUGCCAAACUGUCAGCCGGCGUCGUCUUUGCCAUGAACGCCAUUGCCAUCAUCCCGUUGGCCGGUCUGCUGAGCCACGCGACCGAGAGCGUCGCCAGCCGUAUGGGCGAUACGGUCGGCGCGUUGAUGAAUGUGACGUUUGGCAACGCGGUCGAACUGAUCAUCUUCAUCAUCGCGCUUGUAAAAGACGAGAUCGAGAUUGUCCAGGCGUCUCUUGUCGGUUCCAUCCUGGCCAACCUGCUGCUCAUUCUCGGCAUGUGCUUCUUACUAGGUGGCCUCCGCUACCGCGAGCAGAUCUACAACAGCACAGUCACGCAGAUGAGCGCUUGCUUGCUCAGUUUGAGUGUCAGCAGCCUGCUGCUUCCCACCGCAUUCCACGCCUCCUUCAGCAGCGCCACCAACGCCGACACAAAGGUGCUCGAGGUCAGCCGCGGCACCAGCGUCGUUCUCCUACUCGUGUACGUCCUGUACCUUGUUUUCCAGCUUAACUCGCAUGCCUACAUGUACGAGUCGACGCCCCGCCACAUUGUCGAGCGCGAAUCGCUCCCCGGCCCCGCCGCCAGCUACUUCAACUCGUCGUCGUCGUCUUCGUCUGAAACAUCCUCCGACUCGUCUCAUGGGGACUCGGAUUCCGACGCGUCGCGUAGCACGGCCAAGCGUAUCAAGCGCGCGAUCAAGAAGGGCAGAAAGAAGAUGCACAACCGCAGUGCUUCAACGGAUGCCAAUAGCGCGCCGACGUCGGCCCUCCCGCAUAAUGAUGAAGUGGCGUCCGCCUCUGCCUCGGGCAGCACAACCGCCGGUGGCCCAAGCGACGCGGCCGAGGUACCUGUUAUCGACAACGGCGUUGUCGCCGAUGAUGAGGACGAUGAGGCCGCCGAAGAGAAGCCGCGCGACAAGAAGAAGCGCAAGCAUCACAAGAAGAAGAAGGUGGCCGAGGCCAAGAGCGAUGCUGCCCGUGCCGCCGAGGGAGACGACGAUGUCAAUGCCGUCCUCGCAUCGAGCGGCAUGGCAGCUUUGCCCGAAUCGGGAGUGGGUGCGGGCGGCAGCGUCCGCCGCGUUGAUUUUGCCUUGGGACCGGAUGUCGAGGCCCAGACCGCGCCCCGGCCGCAGCCCUUCACUCUGCGUUGGCUGGCCAGACCGGGCGGCCUGACAAAAACACUGCCUGACAACGUGUUUCAUGCGCGCGCGGGCGAGGCGCAGGCCAGCAGUAGCCGCAGCAACGCCCAACCGCUGUCGACGCCCGACGCCUUUGCGGCGUCGAAUCAGGCCCGCCCGCAGCCCCAGCUGCGCCGCACGGCGUCCAUGCCCGUUGAGACGCGCAGCUAUCGCAACCAGCCCGGCGCGCUGCCGCCCAUUGUUCCCGUCAUGGUCAAUCGCCGCACGUUUAUGGCACCGGCGGCCGGUGACGGGGACGAGGACGACGAGGAAGAAGAGCCGCAGAUCUCGCGCACGACGGCCGUCCUCCUCCUGCUCGUGUCGACCGGUCUCGUCGCGCUGUGUGCCGAGUUCAUGGUGGGCUCCAUCAACGAGGUCGUCAGCGGCAACUCGGGCAUCUCCGAGGCCUUUAUUGGUCUCAUCCUGCUGCCGAUUGUCGGCAACGCCGCCGAGCACGUCACCGGCGUCACGGUCGCCAUGAAGAACAAGAUGGACCUGGCCCUGGGUGUCGCCCUGGGCUCGUCCAUCCAGAUUGCCAUUUUCGUCACGCCCGUUGUCGUCCUGCUAGGCUGGAUCAUGGGCAAGGACAUGAGCCUCUACUUUACGCUGUUUGAGACGGUCAGCAUGUUUGUCUCGGCCUUUAUCGUCAACUUCCUUGUGCUCGACGGCCGCAGCAACUAUCUCGAGGGCGCGCUGCUCUGUGCUGCCUAUGUCAUCAUUGCCGUGGCCUCCUUCUUCUACCCGGGCAAGGGCGAUGCCAACUCGCUGGGCGGCGGCACGGACAACGUGACCGAGUCUGUGACGGUGGAGGCGGCGAAGAUGGCUGUGCGCGGUCUCGUGAGCCUCAUGUGA